CAGUACUUCCGCAACGUCACAAAUGACACGUAUUCAAAAUGGCGGCCGCGGCUAGGGAGACGUGGUGGGCCUUGCUGCUGUUGUCCUUGUUGCCUGUUGUCAGGCCAUUCUAUGUUCCAGGAGUCGCACCCCGGGACUUCCAGGACGGUGACACGGUAGAUCUUAAGGCCGUGAAGCUGACUAGCUCUCGCACCCAGCUUCCCUAUGAAUACUACUCUCUGCCUUUCUGUAAGCCCGAUUCUAUCUUCUACAAGGGAGAGAACUUAGGUGAGGUAUUACGCGGAGACCGUAUUGUGAAUACCCUCUACAAUGUGGAUAUGAACAAGGACAAGAAAUGUGAGAUGGUAUGCAACGUGAAAAAGCUCAACGUAGAAGAGAGCAAGCUGGUUGCUGAGCGAAUCCAGGAGGAGUAUUAUGUGCACCUUAUUGCAGACAACCUGCCAGUUGCCACCAGGUUAGAGUUUUACCCCAACAGAGAGGCAGCAGGGGAGGAGGAGCAGAAGAAGGAUAUCCAGUUUGAACACGGAUACAGACUGGGCUUUAUCGACAACAACAAGUUUUACCUGCACAACCACCUGUCCUUCAUCCUGUACUUCCACAGGGAGAAGCUGGAGCAGGGGGAUGUUCACAACUACAGGGUGGUGCGCUUUGAGGUUGUACCCCAAAGUGUAAAAGUAGAUGAUCUGAAGCCUGUGGAAAAGGACAAGACUUGCACCUUGCCUGAAGCCAGUGGCUCCGCCGCACAGGAGAUUGACCCGACCAAGGAGAACGGAGUCCUCUUCACCUACUCCGUCCACUGGGAGGAGAGUGAGGUGAAGUGGGCGUCUCGAUGGGACACAUACCUGACCAUGAGCGAUGUUCAGAUCCACUGGUUCUCCAUCGUCAACUCUGUGGUGGUCGUCUUCUUCCUGUCUGGUAUUCUGAGUAUGAUCAUUAUCAGGACUCUGAGGAAGGACAUUGCCAACUACAACAGAGAGGAUGACAUAGAGGACACAAUGGAGGAGUCAGGAUGGAAGAAUGUCCACGGUGAUGUCUUCAGGCCCCCUCAGUAUCCCAUGAUCCUCAGCUCUCUGCUGGGCUCAGGAAUCCAGCUCUUAUGCAUGAUCCUAAUUGUCAUCUUUGUUGCCAUGUUGGGCAUGCUGUCCCCUUCCAGUAGAGGAGCCUUGAUGACCACUGCUUGCUUCCUCUUCAUGUUCAUGGGUGUGUUUGGGGGCUACUUUGCUGGAAGACUGUACCGCACACUGAAGGGCCAUCGGUGGAGGAAAGGAGCCUUUUGUACAGCAACUCUGUAUCCCGCCGUGGUUUUUGGAAUCUGCUUCAUUCUCAACUGUUUCAUCUGGGGGGAGCACUCUUCUGGGGCAGUCCCCUUCACCACCAUGCUGGCCCUGCUCUGCAUGUGGUUCGGUAUCUCCAUGCCCCUGGUCUACCUGGGAUACUACUUCGGCUUCCGCAAGCAGCCUUAUGAUAACCCCGUGCGCACUAACCAGAUCCCCCGGCAGGUGCCCGAGCAGCGCUGGUACAUGAACAAGUUUGUAGGAAUCCUGAUGGCCGGGAUCCUGCCCUUUGGUGCCAUGUUCAUCGAGCUCUUUUUCAUCUUCAGUGCCAUCUGGGAGAAUCAGUUCUAUUACCUCUUCGGCUUCCUCUUCCUGGUUUUCAUCAUCCUGGUGGUGUCCUGCUCUCAGAUCAGCAUAGUGAUGGUUUACUUCCAGCUCUGUGCAGAGGACUACAGGUGGUGGUGGAGAACGUUCCUGGUUUCAGGAGGAUCAGCGUUCUACGUCCUCAUUUACGCCGUCUUCUACUUCAUCAACAAGCUGGACAUUGUGGAGUUCAUCCCCUCUCUCCUGUACUUCGGCUACACAGCCCUGAUGGUGCUGUCCUUCUGGCUGCUAACAGGCACCAUCGGCUUCUACGCAGCCUACAUGUUCAUCAGGAAAAUCUAUGCCGCGGUCAAGAUCGACUGAGGGUGGCUGUCGCUGCUGCUCUCGUUGUUUUCAGUUUUUGUUUUUUCGUCACAUUCAGUUUUUUAAUGUAUAUAUUUUUUAUUCUUCAUGUACAGCAAGCGCUGACUUGUGUGUAGAGGGAGCGAGACAGGUGAUCUUUGAGGCGCUGGCCUCAUGGGGAACAACAGUCAGGUGGUAAACCAGCUGUGUCUCUCUCUCGCUCUCUCAAGCUUCUACAUCCCCCCCCCUCUUUCACCAGGACCGAGACUCAUGAAUCCUCUGAUGGGACACUUCAUGUCUCCACCUUGCACACAACACAGUGGGCCAAAGCUUGUCAAACAAUGGUUUCUGCACAUUUGUCUUUUUAUUUGUCGAGUCUAACUUAUCGUAGUUUUUAUUUUUGUCAUCACAGGAUUUAUCUUUUCUUUUCAAUCAUCUUCUGCCAGGUUAUUGCUCUGAUUUCCUUCCAUAAAUUCUAUCUUUUCUCUUUCCAUUGUCUCUGUUUCCAAAUACUUUCCUCUCAGAGACUCUGGGGAUCAGGGAAGGAUUGUGGAGUCUAACUGUGGUUAUACUGUUGACUUUCUUGUGUCGUAAGGAUGCGGAUGGAAAUUAUGCUGGGAUUAAUACAUUGUAACACAAGAAAGGAUACAUUAAAUGUUCUAUUAUGUUUACCCCAGUUUCCAUGUCCUGGUGUGACCAUGUUAACCACAUCUGAAAUCUAGAUAUUCGCCUCUCAUUCCAAAAACAAUGAGUCUCUUAUAAAUGUCGACUUAUUGGUCCAUUUGCUCUAAAUGAUGCAGAACAACUCAGAAUGGGACUGUGAACCCGAUGCCCUGAAGCGGUGGACUGCUGGGUGAAGCCACUGGAGAUGGAGGAAAGGAAAAAAGAUGCAGUCAACACGAAAAUGACAAGGACGUUUUGCAUUUGGAAAUCUACAAUGCAAAAUAGUUUGAAGCUUCCCCGGUAGAAACGUCCAGAAAAAGCUGUGCCGUGUGUAGCCUUAGCAGAGCCUGCUGAACUAUGCAGUAAUGGAAAGAAAACUGUUUGUGAUGGUUGUUUUUAAGGACCAUUUUAGUUGAAUCUCAUUUCUUUAAGUUCAAUUAUGAUAUAUGAAACAUUUCUGUGUGUAAUGUGACAGCCAGCUGGAUCAUAUCCUUGUUUCAGAAAACAUUUCACAUUGCUGGAGUGUCCUGUGUUGCAGGGCAUUGACAUGUUCUUAAUAGAUCCGUAUAUUAAUAAUGUAUUCUUAAGUUACAGCUCACAUUUUUUUACUUCUUUAGAAAAUACAUUUUUUUGGGGUAACAAAUGUUUUAUUUUCUUUGUUUUGCCAGAUUUUCCAGCUAAAAGCCUUAAAAUAGCAUUUAGAGCAUGGAUGGAACAUGAGUUAAGACUUGAGGUUUGACAAGCAACUCGAGCUAAGGGCGUCCCGGGGACAACAAAUGUGUUUUAUUGUAGCUUAAUUACACUAAAUAUCACCUUGCAUAAUAAUAAUAAUAAUAGUCAUAUUGUUAAAGGAUCACAUUAUUGAUACCCCUCAUAAUGUUAUGUUAAACAUGAAGCUACAACCAUCAGGUUUAACUGCUAAAGGGUUCCAAUGUCCUGUAUGGAGAUGCUACGCUAACUAGCUGCUGGCAGGUAGCUUCAUAUAUUCUUCCAACAGUCGCACGGCAUUUUGUGUUAUAGUCACAAAAUGAAUCUAUUGAUUCGUGUUCACCAACACGCUUUCGCAAUUUUUUUCCUGUCGCACAGAACGAUUUUAAAAGCAAUAAUAAUAACAUAAUAAUAAUAAUAAUAAAUUGGAAGGAAAAACACAUUAAAAAAAAUACAGAUUUCAGUAUUCUGACACAGAACGAUUUUUAAAGCAAUUUAAAUAACAAAUUAGAAGGAAAAAAAGAUGACAAAAAAUACAGAUUUCAGUAAUCUGAGGCUCUUUGCCCCAUUUUCUUUCCUCGCGGGCGGCAAAAAAACUCCGACAUUAUACAAUUAAAAAAUAAAAGGGUUAGGGUAAGAUAUUGAGUAAGGAAAUGUUUUUAUGAACCACACAGCUUCUAGUAUUCCAAGACCCGACCGGAGAAAAAGACGUGCUGCAGGCACGAAACAUACUACCAAUAGAAAUACAUUGCUUUUAAAGUCGUUCUGUUUGACACGAAAAAAAUGCGAAAAUCAUGUUGGUGAACACGAAUCAAUAGAUUAAAUUAAUUUCGUGACUAUAUCACGAAAUGCCGUGAGACUGGGUUGAUUCUUUACAUACCACAGCAAGAAAGAGAAUAAGUGUUUCAUUUCCUUUUAACUUAACAUAGGCACAUCUACAUGGUUAUUUCUAACCCUUGCAUAUAUCUCCAGCACAGGACGUGAUCCUUCUCUGCUGAGGGGCCAGAAUUUAAAUCCUGAGAAAAUAUUCUAAAGGCCAAUUUUAAUCACAAGCUCCUAAACAAAAAGCCAUUCAAUGAUCAACCCCCUACGGCUGGCAGGGCACUAUGAUCCCUUCAGGUACAUAUUUAUUGUAGUCUUUAUGGUUACCAUGAAACUGGCUUUAGUAAAUAAUUGAAUUAGGGAAGUAGCCUGGAUCAACCCUCUUUCUCCAGGAGCAACAGAGUAAAAUGACGCCUCCUCCUCAUACAGUAGCCAAAACGUUUGUAUGAUAAGAGUGAGACGAGCCAAAAUGAAGUUCCCCUUCAGUAAAGUGUGGGUUCCUCAGUCCAUCAGACACAGACAGCAUCUCUUACUGGUGUGUUUGCCAGCUCAGAAUCUUAUUGUGAACCAGGAAAUGUUGAGUACACCAAAGUAUUAUAUUAGAAAUGUAUAAUAUGGGACCCCAGCACAUAGAAACUUCUGGAUGCUAACCUGCAUAUGUUGGGCAAUUUACACGAUUAGCAUAUGUUGUAUCAAAUCAAGUUUUAUUUAUAUAGCACAUUUAUAAACGAUUUUUGGUCGAGCCAAAGUGCUGUACAUAUAAUAAAAAUAGCCUACAGUAGAGACACUUUACAGCAAAUACAACAGCACAGAUUGUUCAGAAUAUCAGUAUGAGAAAAACGACACCCUCUAUCCUUAGAGUUGAGUUAUAUUGUAUUAAUUAGCAUUUAUUAUGCAGACGGUAGCGAAAAAAUGGCUUGGCUGAUUUGGACAAUUUUAGAGUGGUUUUGGGGGUUAUAUAGGAUGCUGAAUCAGUAUCAGAAAUUGCCAUUUUAACCAGAAAAUGUCAAUAUUUGUAUUCCUAAUUUUGGGUCGAUUUGGAAGAUUUAGGGGACUCUGGAUUAUUUGGAUUGUUCAUUUAUUUAGAAAGCACAUUUUCGACAAUAGGGAGAAUCAUUUUCAUCUUGUGCUCUAUAUCCAAUAGUUGCAAACUACUCGUGGUAGUCAAAAUCAGCCUACAGAGAGAAAGAAUAUGGCCACUAUCUGGCUAAAACUGCCAUUUUUUUAUCCUGAAAAUGUCAGAAAUGGAUACAGAACCCCAAAAUACUACACAAUUGUCCAAAUAGGCCAAGCCAAUUUUCAACUAUUGUCCACAUGGCUAUAAUGGUAAUUCAUGCUCAUUAAUGAAACGUAUUAUAAUAGUGCAAAUUGCGCUACAUAUGCAAGUGAGCAUCCGGCAGAUUCUAUGUGCUGGGGACCCUACUAUACAUUUCUAACAUAAAACGUUGGGGUACUCGACAUUUCUGUGUUCACUAAGCUGGGAAGUAGAGUAUGGUGUAGCGCCCUGUGUGAACGCUCACAGAGUCACUGUGGCCUCUCUCCUGAAGGCUGACGGCCUCUCCUGCUGCUGGAGUGCACACGCAAGGGGAGAUUUUUUUGACACAGACUUUUAAAAGACCCCGGGUCAUGCCUGCGUACGUGUGAUCAAGGGGUUUACAAUGUAAAUAAAAGAAAAACAGCUUUGUAUUUGUUGCGUUUCGCUGUUUGUGGCGCUCUCUGUAACGAUCCUGUCAUGGUUUUAGCCAGAAGCAUGACGCUCAUGAUGAAAAAGGAACUUACUUCUCUCUUUGCUUCUUUUACAGAAUGUUCAAUUACAAAAUGUACAAUGACAAAACAAUAAAGUGAUGACAAGUUGAAUAUGAAAA